AUGUCAGGCCGAUUCCCAUCCCGUCCUUACAGCCAGGCCAGCUGCAGGGGAAGAAAUAAGAAGAAAGAAACAAACGGGAGCUGCACAGUUGAUCUUCCGGUCCGAAAUUGUUCGAGCGGAAACCCGGCGCCGCAGCCGGGCCGACAUCCCCAAGGCCCCAUCAUCCCCGCCACUGGCCCCGGGGAUACCGGCCCCGGCCGCACCCAAGAGUCACCUUCUCCUUCAUUGUGUCUGGGGGAGAAAAAGGGAGAGAAAGAGAGGGGAGAGAGAAGAGGUCACGGGAACCCGGUACAGCAGUCGGGCCGAUGGCCCCAGGGCCCCGCCCUCCACACCACUGGCCCUGGGGCUACCGGCCCCGGCGGCAAUAACGAGAAUGGCAUAAGGCCUUAUUGUUUCCUUCAUGAGAUAGUGGUAGUAAAAUACAGUUUACAAAAUAGUAAUAGUGAUGAUCAGUUGAGUUUCAGGCGGCCGCAGCUGGUUCGGUGUCCGGCUCGGCGUGAGCGGCCCAGUUCGGUGGUCCGGGUGGCAGAAGUGUUGGCCCGUUUUGUAGAGGAGAAUGUAAUGCAUGUUCCUACCUUAAGUUGGAGUAUGGUUACGGGUAAGCAGUCGCCGCCGCGCGGCGGCCGGAGCCGGCAGCCGCUCGGCGCGGGGGCAGCCCGUCCCGCGACGCCACGGAACAAAAGCCGCGCUCGGCGGCAAGCUUGCGUUCUUGAAGAUGUUGAAACUUCUGCCCGACUCAGCCGGACAUGCGGAUGCCGGCCCUGCUCAGCAAGGUGUUCAGAUGCGGGCCCGGCUCUGUAUUGUGUUGGUGUUGGGAUGUACCGAUUCAAUUCAGUUGUUAUUCGGAUUGUUCAGAUGCCGGCCCUGCUCAGCAAGGUGUUCAGUUCCGUUCAGUUCAAUGAUUUUGAUGUUUAG